CGGAUGGGGAGGACAAUUGGCGAUGCGAGGAGGCUCAGGCGGCGCGCGGCAACUGCCGAAGGUGGACAGCGGUGGCGAUGUAAGUCGCUGCGCUGUAGCACGAGGUCUUCCAGGCGCACCUCGAAUGAGUUCACAUUGCUCAUUGUCAUUGGUUGUAACCCUCGUGCUCUGAACCGGUGACUCUUUCCGGCACGUUGACUGAACCUUGACUGAACCUGAAGUUGAACUGACAUAUUCGGUGCGCCUCGGCCCAAGCCCCACAGCGUCACCAGCCCUCGCAAUCAGUCCGUCUCUCAACCUCGGACUACCACUCACUGAUUUCCAGUUGCGUGCUGAAGACUUUUCCAGUUGCGUGCUGAAGAAGUGCCGCGCGAUGUUCGACGAGAGCGAACCACCAUCUCCGAGCAGCGCGCUCGUUGCACUUGCGCCCCUCGACCCCGAAUGGCAGCCCAUCCUCCACGUCUCGAACCAGGUUGUGCUCUACAAUGCGACCUCUCACGCGCUCUCUGUGCGCACACAUUCCGGCUCGGGGCUCGUCCGCAGCCGCAGAGGUAGUCGCUGUCCAUACUGCAACCGACUCCUACCUACGGAGCACCACGCCGAGCAGGACGCAGAAGGUGCCUUGAACAGCGAAUUUGAAGGUGAAAAGAUGGGCAGUCCCCGGAGCAGGGUACCGAAUUACUUCCAGCUUCUGGAGGUUGCGAACGAAUCUGCCUCUCGUCCGGCCACCCCGCAGGAGACUCGGUCGAUCCCUGGCGCCUCAACGGGCACAGGUUCCAGGCAGGGAGUUUUCAGAAAGGAGAGUAUGGCGGAGGGGUACUUCAAGGCGUUCUUCAAGGAAGAGGGCAGAUUGGGGAUGGGUGCGAAUGGGAGUGUGUUUCUCUGCCAGCACGUUUUGGACGGGAAUACACUUGGCCAUUUUGCGGUGAAGAAGAUCGCUGUCGGUCAAUCGCACUCCUAUCUCCUCAACAUCCUCCGAGAGGUUCGCCUGCUGGAGAGACUGCACCAUCCGAACAUCAUCACCUAUCACCACACCUGGCUCGAGAUGUGCCAAUUCUCCUCGUUUGGCCCGCAAGUACCCACGUUACACGUGUUGAUGCAAUGGGCAGAGGGUGGAAGUUUGGACGACUUCAUAGAGUCCCGGCUCGGUCGGCGCGCGAAUCUCCCGCACGUUCACGCAGGCAAAUCUGCAUCUCAAACAGACUUUCCUGCUUCCGAGGCGUCGCCUUCGCCCGACGCUGGCCCGCAGUCGCGCACCGCUCGCAUCAGGGCGUUUCGCCAGCUGCAGCGCGCGGCACCAGCGGACCGGGAACGUCUCAAGCGCGAGCUCGGGCUGAGUGCAGGCGGCGCCGCCAUCGGGAAGGCACCCGCGGACUGGAAAGCGGUGCAUCUUUUAAGUGCGGAAGAGGUGAGAGGCUUGUUUGGGGAUAUCGUGUCGGGGCUCGCGUUUCUGCAUGAGAAGUCGAUCCUGCAUCUCGAUCUGAAGCCAGGAAAUGUGCUCUUGACGUGGGAUGAGGGCCGUCUCAUACCUCGGGCAAUGCUGUCUGACUUUGGCACGUCGCAAGACAUGCUCAAGUCACGGGCGAGGUCCGGAAACACUGGCACACUCGAGUACUCUUCACCAGAAUCCCUGCCAUCACCCUCGGGCGUUCUUUCACAGGUUGACUCGAAAUCGGACAUGUGGUCCCUCGGCAUGAUUCUUCACAAGCUCCUUUUCUUCAAGCUGCCAUACCCGCAUGCAUCUGAUGGCAUGGCAGACGACAGGGAAGAUGGGAAAGAGAUCGCCGAUGCACUUGAGAGAGAGGUGCAGACAUAUACUGGAUUCCGGUCUUCCAGUGCUCUGGUCACAUCAUUCGAGUCGAGGCGUUUGCCGCCGGAGUAUUUGCUUCUAUUGGAGAGUUUGCUGAACAUCAAUCCUUCGGCUCGUCCGUCUGCUGAGCGCGUGCUUGGCGCCCUUCGCGAGGGUCGUCUUGACCCAAUCUCACCCAUACCAGUCCGUCAAGGAUCGCUCAUUCCUGUCCCGCUCCGCCGGAUGUUCCACAGCGCCGCCUCGCUUAUGAGCGCGCCGGAGUCCGAGCUGGAGCUGCAGGGCAGCCCUGCGCUGCAUGCACACGUGUCUCAAGAGCCGGAAGGCAGCAACGCGCCCUCGCCUAUGGCCGCGCCGCCAGAACCAGAAGGCGCCGUAUACGAGAAACGCGUGGGGAAGACUCCGCUGCUCAGUAUUCCCAUAUCUGUCAUCCCGCCGCUAACUACGAACGGGGUGUGGACGCGCACGAUCCAGGUCGGGAAGAAGCAGGUGCACGUGCGCAUCCCGCGCAUUGUGUGGUUGCGUACGGUGAAGGCGGCAUUUUUGGUUGUGAAGGUGUUGAGCAUAUCGCAUAUGUGUCCUGAUGGGGCGCUUCAUCCGCUCAUCACGACUAUUAUCCUUGCGUUGGCCGUGAUGGAUACCUGGUUUGACGGGCUUGGGCCGACGCUCGUGUUGGCCCUUCUUCAUGUCUCGCUUGUCAAGCUCGCGUGCUGGGGAGGCAGGUGUUGUGUCUAGCGCGGUCAAUCUCCCUUCCCUCCCAGGUCGAACACACCUCAAGUCUCAAGGCUAUUGUCCCAGUCUCACGCAAGUUCUCAAGUUUGUUUUGUGCAGUAAGCGUCAUUUUGUCAAGUAAUAUAUGGGACUUUUUUUGUCUGCACAUGCAUAUGUUAGUAUCCUACUUGCGGAUGUAGUCAGUUUGCCAGCACCAUCUGUAUUUGUAUCUAGAACGUGGUAUAGCAUUGGUUUAGUUCUUCGCGAUGCGAAAGACGAG